GUUUAGAAAUAAUAUGGCAGCAAGUGGAGUUUUGCCCACGUAUCAGCGGUACGUUAACGGUGUCCCUGUUACCCCUGGGCGCAGGACAUUACGUUUAAGAGAAAAGUAUAUUAUUUUACUAGUGUUUGUAACAUUUGGCACGGUUUGUUUUGGUGCAUUUUUCUUCUUACCUGACUUACGAGAACGAGUGAGUGUUGACGAAUUUCGUCGCCAACUGGCCGAUGGAGUAAUACCAGAGGGAGGGGGGCCUGGAGGAAAAAUACUGAAACAUGGGGUUCAAGGAGUGGACCCUCAUAAAAUAGAUGAUAAAAUGAGACUUGAUAGAAAGAUAGAGCAACAUAAACACCAGCUUCCUUUACCGCCUGUCUCAAUACCCAAGGAUCUCAAAGACGAUAUUGAAAAACAAAAACAACAAGUUCUUGAAAAACAAAAGGAGGAAGAAGAAAAGCGUAAAGCUGAAGAAAAGGCUAAGUUAUUAGAUGGGGAAAAAGAUCAUGAGGGUGGCAUUGGAGUUCAAGGUGGUGAACCCAGUGAUCCAGAGGCAAAAGAACGUAGGGAUAAAGUACGAGAUAUGAUGAAACAUGCUUGGUCCAAUUAUGAGAAAUACGCAUGGGAGCAUAAUGAGCUUAGACCCAUAUCACGCAAAGGUCAUUCAGCGUCCAUAUUUGGAAGUUCAAGAUUUGGUGCGACAAUUGUAGAUGGACUUGAUACAUUGUUCAUUAUGGGUCUCAUGGAUGAAUAUAAGAAAGGCCGUGAUUGGGUCGCCACAUCUUUAAACUUUGAUGGGGCUACAAGCAUUUCAGUGUUUGAAGUGAAUAUCAGAUUUAUCGGUGGAAUGCUUGCCUUAUAUGGCAUGACAGGAGAUCAGAUGUACAAAACAAAAGCUGUUGCCAUAGCAGACAAGCUUCUCCCAGCAUUCAACACUCCAACUGGCAUUCCAAAUGCGAUGAUUAACAUCAAAACAGGUAGCAGCAGGAACUGGGGCUGGGCAUCAGGUGGCUGUUCCAUAUUGGCAGAGUUUGGGACCCUUCAUUUGGAGUUUGCCCAGCUUACAGAGAUCACCGGCAACCCUAUAUACCUUGAGAAGGUGAUGAAGAUCAGAGAAGUCCUCCAACAAUUGGACAAACCUAAUAACCUAUAUCCCAACUACCUCAACCCUAAAACAGGCAGAUGGGGCCAGCAACAUGUAUCUAUUGGAGCACUGGGUGAUAGUUUUUAUGAAUACCUACUUAAGGCCUGGCUGAUGUCUGGCAAAGAAGACACAGAGGCAAGACAGAUGUAUGAUCAAGCUGUAGUGAACAUUGAAGACAAGCUUGUACACACAUCCCAGCAGAAUAAAUUAAAGUAUAUAGCUGAGUAUAAGAGUGGUAGAAUAGAGUCAAAGAUGGACCAUUUGGCUUGCUUUGCUGGUGGUAUGUUUGCUUUGGGUGCAGCAGGCUCUGACAAGGAGGAUCAUUAUAUAGAACUAGGAGGAGAAAUAGCAAAGACUUGUCACGAGUCUUAUGAUCGAACAGCCACUAAACUUGGGCCAGAAGCAUUUAGAUUUGACGCAAACACAGAAGCAAAAUCUGUGCGUAUGAAUGAAAAAUAUUAUAUCCUCCGUCCAGAGACUGUUGAGGCCUACUUCUACAUGUGGCGGUUCACACAUGACCAGAAAUACCGUGAUUGGGGCUGGGAGAUGAUUCAGGCCUUAGAAAAGAAUUGCCGCACUGAUGCAGGCUAUACUGGCAUUAGAGAUGUCUACCAAGUCAACCCUCAAAAGGAUGACGUCCAACAGAGCUUUUUCUUAGCAGAAACAUUAAAAUAUUUAUAUCUUUUAUUUUCUGACGAUAGUUUAAUACCAUUAGACAAAUGGGUAUUUAAUACAGAAGCACAUCCUCUCCCAGUUAAAAAUACUUUAAAAAAGAGAGAAGAGACGCCAUCAUAGGGAAAAAUAUCUAGUAGCAGCUUAGGAUAUUUAUUUAUGAAUUAAUAAUAUUAAGUUGUAAGGAGCCGUGUCAAAUAUCUCUGUGUAUUAUUUCCGCGAAACUAAUUGUGUUAGAGCCGGCGGAAAAAGCCAGGUUUCAGUAUCAUUGAACAUUGACUGGAUGAUAUAUUAACUUCAGUGUUCAUGAAUUUAAUGGAAUGGAGAGAUUUAGUUUUGUGAAAAAGAAUUUGACCCGGCUCCACAUAGAUGUGUGUUGAGCACACAUAGAUGUUCUGAUUAGAAAAAUUUCUUCUGCUGUAUACAGUACAGUACAGUACAGUACAAGACGACGCCUUGCAAUUCAACACAGCUGGGAAACCCCUGCAUCCUACUUCUACAGGGUAAAGUCUUGCUUGCCAAUGCUAUUAUAUAGUGACACGAUAAUAUUGAAGGAUGGAUGAAUCUAUUUUUUUAUAAG